AUGGCGCAAGCCGCAGCCUCGCGCGGCAGCUCGCGCAGCCCGCGCAGGUCAUGGGCCCAGCGCGUGCUCAAAGGAGCAGUAGCGCUUAGGACGAACGAUGGAGCCUCUGCCUGCUGCUUCGCCAUGAAUGGCAGAUGGUGGCAGACACCUGGCGCGAAAUCUGGUGAAAAUCCGCUGUCGGACUACGACCGGGACGCCAUACUGGCUCAGAAUCCACUAUCUCUGGAUCUGGUCCAGCUGAAUGAGCACGUUGUCACUUGCGACAGCCAGGACUCGCAGACUCCGGUGCCAAAGCCGCCACCGGCCGAGUGGUACGAAGAGACGCUGAAGCGCCGCCCACACUUUGCAAAGGAACUCGCCAAACACCAGCGGAGGCGCUCGGAGACGGUGCUUCUUCAACGGGCGUACGUUGAGAUGAUUUGCCGCAGCGAGGAGCAGGCGAGGCGCAUCCUCUCCAGCGUGUCCGACCUGUGCUACUUUGUGCUGACCCGGUCGGAUGCCAGCGAAGAAUACUCCGAUAUUUUCGAUGAGCUGAACACGGAUGCACUACCACUGACGGUGAUGAUCUUUCCAGACCGGAAAGUCGGACAGCCGCCACUUCACUUUGUUCUCACGCACCUCUUCCGCGGCGUUGGUGCGGAGGACCUGGCCGAUCUGGAGACCAGGCUGGCGGCAAGCGGCUGGACCAAGCCAAGUGGCUGCUGCAUCCUCUGGCUUUGCACGCGCAGCUUCGGAGCCCUGCCUUCGGGCUUUCCGAAGCCCGUGGGAUUUGAGGUUAGCGAGGACAAUCUCACUCAGCGCAUGUACGAUCAGAUCCUGACAGCCCUGGCCUGCUCGCCGGACCAGCUGGCCCACCUCCGCUCGUCGGGCCACCCUGCGGCCAACCGUCAGACCUCCGCGCCUGCUGCCUGGUGCGUCUUCUAUGGUGCUGGGAUCAUCGCAACCUUGGUCCUUUAUGGCAUCCUUCAGGAGGGCAUCAUGACAGUGGCCUAUGAUGGCAGCCUCUUCCAGUACUCUGUGUUCCUGGUCCUUUGCAAUCGGCUGGCGGCUGUGAUCUUUGCGGUGUGCAUGGCGGCAGGCAAGGGCGAGUCCAUGACGAACGCGGCUCCACUCUGGAAGUACCUCAUCGUCUCCUUCUCCAACGUCUAUGCCAGCUCCUGCCAAUACGAGGCCCUGAAGUACGAGCACAAGACGACCAAGUACAAUCAGAUGCUGUACAUCAACCUUCUCUCUGCCACCGUCUCCCUGAUCACCUUGCUUGCGACCGGUGAGUUGGCACCGGCCGUGGCCUUCGGCUUUGCCCAUCCCCAGUUCUGGCUUGAUUCCGCGCUGCUCAGUGGCUCUGCCGUCGCCAGCCAGUUCUUCAUCUACUCCCAAAUCAAGGAGUUCGGGGCUCUCGUCUUUGCGGCCACCAUGAACGUCCGCCAGGUUGUGUCUAUCCUGAUCUCGUACCUGAAGUACCACAACCCAGUGACACAGUUGCAAAUCCUGGGUCUGGCGCUCAUCUUCUCCGCCCUCUUCUACAAGUCCCUGGCCGCCAUGUUGGAAGCACCCUCCAAGCAGGAGAAGCAGCCAAUCCUCGCGCCCAAGACUGAGGAGGCACUUGAGACCUCGAAGGACAAGGAGGACGUCGGCAAGGUGGUGUGA